CGGAAAUACGGAAUGCAUUUUGUUAUUAUCGCUGUCCAAUGACGGUUACAAUUCCAAUUGAAUGAGUAAACACAAUGCAAUUAAAAAUAGAACAAUAGCGUAGUACAAAGUUCAAACUAGAGUUGUCUGAUGUUUCAUUUUUCUCAUUAUUUUUGUAUAGUUACAUUUCCAAGUUCCAACUGUUAUAUUUUAAAUUAAAGAACUCACUACUCAGCUCGUGUAAUCUAACGUUGUUGUGUGAAUAGUGUUCCAUAUUAAACAAAAAUUAUGAUGAAGCGUUUAGUUGUGAUUUUGGCAAUAAUAAUUUCUACCGGGCAUGCCGAUAGAAAAUUGAAUUUCAAAUAUAAUCCAGGAUGUACAUCCGAGUGUUCUAAUUUAUUGAAACUGGCUUAUGUGCGAGCAGAAGGUGAUAAUGACACUGUACAUUAUCUUUUCGAUUUUACCAUGAAACCAUCUUUAGUAGUUGUGACAUCAGUUAAAGAUUCUGUUGUUGCUAUUGAUUAUGAAAAGUUAAAGACUAAAGGCCCAGAUAAUACCAUAUCAUUUUCAAAUGUACCAAUAUAUGUGUUUGGAACGGUACUAAAUUAUUUAUACGAAUUUAAUGAUAUAAAUGAUACAGCAUGUCUGAGUAAUAACUCAGAUAUCAUUGGUAUGGAUUUUAAAAGGUUUAAUAAUUGGAAUCUGACUAAAUUACAAAAUGAAGAAGAUUUUGUACAAGUUACCAUAUCUGCCAAUUCAUAUCGAUCAGUUGGCAUUAAUAAAACGGGAAAUGUUUCUGUUACGCUGAAAGUUUUUGGAAAAGAAGACAAAGGAUUUGCAUUUCCACAUUUAGUGCAUACACCUGAAUCUGGAGAAAUAACUCUAACACUUGAUCAUCUAAAAACAGCCAAUCCAAAAUCAAGAUUUGCAGUUGAAAUUCUUACACUUAGUUCCUACCCCUAUAAUUUUUCUGAAAAAAUAACAAAGAAAACAUUCAGCGAUGACAGUGCUUCUGGUGGUGUAUUUUCUAGUAUCUUAGUAAACGCAAUAGGUGAAGAUUUUGAAGAAGGAGGAGGUUAUUUAACGUGGAAACCUGUUGUCUUUAAAGCACCCGACACACAUGCUUUGAAUGCAUCAUCUACAGCUCAGUAUAGUAUUCAAAGUCAUUCAAAUGCAGUUGAUUGGAUUAGUACACCUCUAUUUAAUUUAUUUGGUAAUGAAUUAUUUAACACUCAAUCAUAUCUAAUGAAAGCUACAAAUGUGUCAUUUGGAGAAACUGGUGAUGAAUUUUAUUUGAAGUCCAACUAUCUUUAUUGGACAUUUUUGGUGGGAGUUGGUGCGCCUCCUAAUGACAGUUUAGGCUUCUUUGAGAUAUCAAUCAUUGCAAGUCUUUUAUUGUUAUUAACUAUUACAAUGAUCUUAGUGUUCUGUAUAUUCAUGCGUUGGAUAUCAAGUAAACGAAAUUCAAUAAUUUAUGGCCAAUAAGUUAUUACUACCAUAGUAAAAUUAAGAUCGCUUAAUUGUGCAAGUGCUAGUGUAAAGCUAAGCUCGGAUUGUAAUUUUAUAAUAUAAGUAUUUAUUUUCUUAAAAUAUUGAGCUAGUCCUACGUAUUAUUUAAGAUUUUGUAAGCAACUAAUGUAAUUUUGUAUUGCGGUACUGCAUCAUUCCUAAUUAAUAAUUUUUAGCCUAUGACAAACUAUUUUAGCUUAUACUUCCACAGAAUCUGGUUUAGCAAAUUACUAAAUAAUGUUAGCACUGUAAAACAAUUUUUUAUUUG